GCAUGAUUUAGCCGCACCUUUAGAUGUGCGUGUAGUUUGUUGUUUGCAGCCAUGACGCGCGCUUGGCUGAAGGGCAAGGUGUGUGUGGUGACAGGAGGCGCCAGUGGGAUCGGGGCGGCUCUGUGCCGGCGCUUUGCAGCGGAGGGUGCCAAGGUGGUGGUGGCGGACAUGGCGGAGGAUGCUGCCCGUGCAGUUGCUGCUGCCAUCGACGGCGUGGCCGUCCGGUGCAACGUGGCGCAGGAAAUGGACAUCCGGAGGCUGAUUGCCAUCGCAGAGGCCCAGGGCCCCAUCGAGGUCUUCGCAGCCAACGCGGGGAUCCCCUCCAACGGCGGGGAGGAGGUCCCCAACGACGAGUGGGAGCGCAUCAUGGGGGUCAAUGUCAUGCAGCACAUCUACACAGCUCGGCACCUCUUCCCCCUGUGGCUGAAUCGGCCAGGUGAGAAGCACCUGAUGAUCACCGCUUCGGCGGCGGGCCUGCUGACGCAGGUGGGAUCUCUGCCCUACAGCGUCACCAAGCACGCGGCCCUGGCCACUGCGGAGUGGUUCCGGAUCACGUAUGCGAGCUCCGGGAUUCGUGUGUGCUGCCUCUGCCCCCAGGCAGUGGAGACUGGGAUGGUGCCCUCGGACUCCGGCGGCAGUGUCGCAGGCAUCGACGGGCUGCUGAAGCCUGAGAAGGUGGCGGAGGAUGUGCUGCUGGCCAUGGAGAAGGGCCACUUCUUGGUACUGCCUCACGCAGAGGUGCUCAAGUACUUCCAGCGGAAGGCCUCGGACUACGACCGCUGGCUCGCCGGCAUGGAGAGGCUUCAGAAGGCCUUUGGCGAGAUGGUGCGCAGGAGCCCCCCGAUCUCUGCUGCGAAGUUGUGAAGCACUUCGGCCACCGAAGCCUGU